GAAGAGCUAGUAUUUUUUGCCUUUAAAAUAAAAAUAAGAAAAAAAACUCGGAUAAUGUCCGACACUCCAGAAGAGCAGCCCACCAAGCAGGAUGCGCCUCCGGCUCCCGCUGCCAAGGAGGAGGAUAAAGCAGCUGCGCCUGCUGCUUCUUCUAAGGAGAAAUCCGGCAAGGGAAAAGACAAGGACAAAGCGGGCAAGGGAGAGAGAGGGACUGGCAGCCAGCGCACAUCUCUGACUAAGUCUGGGGGGGUGACCAGCCCCUUUGGCAUGGCUCCGCAGCCGAAGCCCACUAUGCGCUUUAUGCCCACGUAUCGCCUGGAACCCAAGAACCCUUUGAACAAGGAGCGGGUGGAAAUAAUCAUGAAGGCGGUUAUGAACAAGCACUACAACGAUGAGUACAUGUUUCAUCCAAAGCACUCGCUGCACAUGGCAGCCCAGAUCAGCGAGGAGAUCAAAAAUCGCAUUAAAUUAAUGAACUAUGAUAGAUAUCGUUACAUAGUGCUCGUCACUGUGGGCGAGUGCCUGAUGCAGGGCCUCUAUUCGAUGGUUAACUUCUUGUGGGAUGCUGACAAGGAUGGAUUCGUCACAUAUAAGGUGGAGCAACCUUCAUAUUAUGCCAUCUGUACAACCUUUUAUAUAUAUUACGAUUGAACUUGGAUUGCUAUUAAAUCAAACAUAAGUGUUUACGUUGUACAUA